GUGUUAUAUAGAUGAUCUGAUCGUCUUUGGCCCGAAUGAGCAAGUUGCACUUGAUCGUUUGGAGAUGGUGUUUGGAAGGCUACGGGCCCAUGGUCUGAAACUUGCUCCAAAAAAUGUCACCUCUUGAAAGCAUCAGUAAAGUUUCUGGGGCAUGUCAUAAACAAGGACGGAGUGUCUACGGACCCUGAUAAGGUGGAGUGUAUUUCCAAGUUGAACAGUUCUGACCUCAUGGAAGCGGAUGGGAAGACACCAUCUCAGAAGAGAAUCAGAUAAUUUUUGGGGAUGAUGAACUAUUAUCAACAUUUCAUUCCGAAUUAUUCUGUUAAAGCAAAACCUCUCUUUGAACUUCUUCAAGGUCAGAAAGUCAGGGGACGGAAAAAUAAGACUCAAAAUGUGUUGUGCCAGAACAGGAAGUUAAGACCUGAGAAUUGGUCUCAAGCGCAGCAUGAUGCAGUUGAGCAGCUGAAAAUGUCUCUGGUCGGGAGUGUUGUUCUAGCUCACCCGGAUUUCUCAUGUCACUUCAUAUUGGCGACUGAUGCUUUCCUGGAUGGUAUUGGAGCUGUGUUGUCACAAGUUCAGGAAGGGGAGACUAGAGCGAGACCAGUUGCUUUCGCCAGCAAAUCCCUUUCACGUUCACAGCGGAACUAUCCAGCGCACCGCUUGGAAUUUUUGGCCCUGAAAUGGUCCAUUUGUGAAAAGUUUGGCCACUGGCUAAAGGGACACAAUUUCACUGUUUUAACUGACAACAAUCCGCUUGCUCACAUACUCACAAAGCCUAAGCUGGGCUGCUGUGAACAGCGCUGGGUGGCCAAAUUGGCCAGCUUCAACUUUGAUAUAAAGUAUGUACCUGGCCCUCAGAAUGUCAUUGCUGACUCCCUCAGUAGAGUUCCUUUUGUCAAGAGUGGGGUGACACAAAGACUGCUUCAAGUGCCUUACGAUUCCAUGUUGACCGACAUGAGAGGGAUAUCUACUAACUCGGUGCAGGAUGCUUUCAGAUGGUCCAGUGGUAAAAAUCAGGAAGAAAGUGUUAUCCAACAACGACUGUCAUGCACAGUCAAUAAUGAUUUUGUCAUGGAUCAUCUUACUGUUGCAAGCUCGGAUGUCACUGCUGUCUUGACUUCUCAUAUGGAGUGGGAAUUUGGUGCUGAUACACGGGCUAUGGCAGUCGUGGAUCACCUGCCUCAGUUGGUUCCUGCGGGCCAGGACACAUUGCCAGCAUUUUCUGUGGAGGACCUGCGUGACAAGCAGAUGAAUGACAGAGUGUUAUCGAGAGUCAUGUCUUACGUUAAGAGUCGCCAGAGACCCACAAGGCGGGAAAGAGCAGGAGAGGCAGCUGCAGUGCUUCGUUACCUCAAACAUUGGGAGAAAUUGAUUGUGAGGAAUGGUGUUCUCUACAGGGUGUCUCAUAACCAGUCAUUAAGGACGAAACGCUUCCAGUAUGUUGUCCCAGACUCGAUGGUGGAUGUAAUUCUGAGAAGUGUUCAUGAUGACAGUGGCCAUCAAGGUCAAUUCAGGACUGUUAGUUUGGCGAAGCAGCGUUUCUUCUGGCUAAGCAUGGAGCACGGAGUACGUGAUUAUGUGCGCCACUGUCAACGUUGCAUCAUUAGUAAAAGUCCUGACCCUUCCGGCAGAGCUCCUCUGGAGAAUAUACAGUCUACAAGACCACUAGAGCUGGUCUGUAUUGAUUUUUGGUCAGCAGAAGACGCUAAGAAUAAGUCCAUCGAUGUCUUGGUUGUGACCGAGACGUUUGCAGACAUUGACGUUCCUGUACAAUUGCACGACACACGAGUCUACAGGCUAUGCACCCUUCUAUUUGAUGUUUGGUAGGGUACCACGCCUUCCAGUUGACAUUCUCUUCCGUUCAGUCUUGAAUGAUCAGAAUGUGAUCAGCUACGACAAGUUUGUUGACACACUUGUUAAAGAUCUAAAAGAGGCCAUGGUGAUUGCACAACAGCAUGCCACCAAAGCACAGAAGAGACAUGCAGCUCUGUAUAACCGCCGAGUGAAGGGGCUCACCAUCGACAUGGGAGACCAAGUGUUGUUGGCGAAUAAGGCCGAGAGGGGAAAAAGAAAAACUGCUGACCGGUGGGAGUCCACUGUCUACACAGUAGUGGACCACAAGCCUCAAACUCACACUUACAGAAUUCGAAACCCUGCCACAGGUCAAGAGAAGGUGGUUCAUCGCAAUCUCCUGUUGCUGGUCAACUUCCUGCCUGUGCCUGAAGAAAUAUCUGUGGAUUGUACGGUUUCCCUUGUGAGUGAACCCCAUAGUAACAUGCCUUCAAGUUCAUCAAGCCAGAAAGACUGCUCAGUGUUAAGUGAAGCCUCACCAACACACAUGGAUGAUGACAUUGCCUGUGAGUCAGUUCCUCUGACCAGUCAUGUGGAUGACGAUACUGACAGAACAUUGAGUUGGGUUACUCACCUACCUGAUGUGAGUCAAGAACCUACUUCAACUGUAGUCUCAGGUGAUGUUCUAGUUAAUCCAACACCACAAGCUGCUCCAGCGACGUCUUUUGAAAGUACAUCUGUGAAGUCAGAUGAAGUAACAACUGAUGUGAAUGUCACUGAAGAUAAAAGCCAUUCAGAUUCAGGAAACAUAGAGUCUGCAAGCACUGUUACGCCUGCUCGAGCACACUCACAGUCUUCCGGUGUUAUUCUGACCACACAUAUGCCAGUUAACCCUAGUUCCACCAGACAGAUCAGAUCACGCUUUGGCCGUGCCAUCAAGCCAGUUGACAGAUUAAUUCAAACAAUGUCAGGCCAGGCUGUAAUUCAAGAUGCAAAGCGUAAUGUUGAGGCUGUUUGUAAGUCUAUGUUUCGAGCCUUUGUUAAUUAGGAAAGUUAAUCUACUUUUAUGGAACAUUUGAGAAAGCCUUUUCUUCUUUCUUUCCUAGUUUGUCUGGACUGGUUUAAAGUUCUUGGUUCAUGUUCAAAUGAUAUACCUGAGGAUGUAGGGUGCCUUAGUUGACCAUUAAGGGGGCCUCUUUAUUGACUCAAUUAUAUAUUUUUGUUUUCUUCUCUUUUAUUGGUGUAUUCUGAGAAUACGAGAUUGUUGAAGAAUAUUGUAGAAUGUAUGUGGACAUUCUGCUGUCGUUUGUUGAUACGGGAGCGUGGCGCUACUCUCUUAUCAAUUCAUCCUUAUGGGAUAAUUUUCAUAUUGACCGUCCUUUUAUGGGAGGUUCUUCUUUGAUGUGAAAUUUUCAUUAUGUGACUUUAUUUUUGUACCUUUGGUGAUGCCUAAGUUUCAUGUAAUUCUGCGGGGGUGAAUGUAACGGAGUUAAAAAGAAUGUUAAUUAUAACAAUAUUCAUUUUGUUUAAUUACAUGAAAUUAGAAGGAAAGUUAAAUCAAAUGGUGUUUUGGUGCCCCCUAGUGGCUAAUACAUUGCAGAGAGUAAUUAUUUUGUCCUUUUGCGCUUACCGUAGUUCAGCAGAAAAUGGCUGAUACUGCUGCGGGUAUGCGGGUUUCUUUUCUGUGCUGAUUACUGUUAAACAAAUGUGAUAAAAGUGCAUACAGAGUUUGUUCAUUUUAUGUUUUUCUUUUUUCAGUUUAUGGUUUAUGUCUGCAGUGUAUUUCCUUGUCCAUAAAAUACACUUUAUUGUUUCUCAGCCAUUUACAUCGACACCAGUGAAGGCUUCAAGGCCAGCCAAAAGGCCCCGUGUUGAAUUGGAGGAGUUUAAGGAAAUGGGGGAUGUUUCCUCUGCAGGCACUGAUCCACAAGAUUCCACAUAUGAUCCUGCACGGUCUGUUACAACUGAGACAGAAUCAUCACAGGUUUUGUAAUAAAGUUACAUUUCUCUAACAAUUCAGCAAUGUUUUCACACAAACUGUGACUUUGUUUUCAGGUUUUCACUAACAGGCACAAUGUUAUUUCUUUGGGGUUUUUUUUUUUUUUUUUUUGUCUUUUUUCUUUCAGUGCCAAAUCACUGCCAUUCCAUAAGGAUGCAAAGUUCAUACAUUUUGAAAAAUGCCUGCUUAGCCUGUUCGAGAGUUGUCCUGUUUGCCUGUUUGCACCAGGGCUUGUAAUGUCCGCCCAUGCAGAAGAGGGACCUUCAUAGCCAUUGACCAACUGUGCCCUCACUGUGAGUUCUUAAGACAAUGGAGGAGUCAGUCUGUCAUUGGCAGCACCCCUGUGGGCAACCUUCAGUUGUCUGCUGACAUCCAUUUCAGUGGCGCUUCCUUUCUGAAGAUGCAAAAUGUAUCGUAUCCUUUGUACGCACCAAAUUAGUCAAAGCUAGACAGGACAACUAAUUAUUUCACAAUUGUUUUUAAAGGUGUUCAGGGCAAUGAACCUGAAACUCAUACAUAUGAUGCUUUUAGAAGGCAUGCCAGGACAUACCCGCUAUCAUCCACAAGUGGAAUGAGGACCAAAAUUUGCAACUGCACUACCUGAGCCAGAACAAGAAAGUCAUUCUUGGUGGUGACAUGCGAGCAGACUCGCCAGGACAUUCUGCAAAGUAUGGGCUACACCAUGAUGGACUUGCAUACCAACAACAUUAUAGACAUACAGCUGGUAGCAACGAGGUAGGGGGAAGCAACCACAUGGAGAAGGAGGGCCUUAGAAGAAGCUUGGAUCUCCAGGAGGAAAGCGGUGUAAAGUUAGACUGCAUUGUCACUGACCGUCACCCCCAGAUACAAAAGUUCCUAAAAGGAUCAUAAAAUCAACCACUAUUAUGACAUCUGGCACAUGGCAAAAGGAUUGUCAAAGAAGGUGGUAAAACAUUUCCAGAGAAAAAGGACUGUAGUUUGGUAAAGACGUGGGAUAAUAGCAUCACCAACAACCUGUACUGGUCUGCCACUAGCUCUGAUUCACCACAAUCAAGACAUUCACACACAUUCUGACCCAGCGUUCCCUAGGUGUCAACAAGAACAAAGGGUGUCUAAGGACCGUAGCAAAUGGUUUCAACCAGGUUCGACAGCACUGAAUAGGCUACAUAAGGUCCUGAUAAACAAGAGUGUCCUAUGUUGCUAUGCAGGCUAUAUCGUCAACUUGAUGGAUAGUGUUUUUGAAGAGGUUGUCCAUGAUCCCCUUCCAUAUCUGGAUGCCAUACAAGCGGAUUCCUGUGCCUCAGGACCUGUCUGCUCAGUAUGACAGACCUUCCAUGAAGAAAGCUGUUGCUGAGCAUGUGCCGCGUUUCAGUCGAGGGGGGGUCUGAAUCCGACAUAUUGCCCUGCAGCAUCAGGAAACUCCCUUCGUAUACACAGCACCACACAUGAAGGGAUGAUGACAUGUACACUUCGUCCAAGGAAACCCCAGCACCAGUGUUAGUGUUACCAGUCCAACAAAAAAUGGAUCUUGGAAUGUCGAAAUGAUUCAUUUUAAACAUGAAAAACAAGUCAACAUUCAGAUGACAAACCACCUGUAGGCCAAGUGUCUGCACUGCCUUUCCAUCCCUCUGAGUCUCACACGCCCAUGGUCAGCUCUAUUAACAUUAAUUGAAUUUGCAAAGAAUAUAUAUUUAAGCACACAGGUUCAAGGCCAGGAUGGUCUGUCAUGCAUGAUAUCUGUAAGGAACUUGGCUCAUUCUUCUUGUGACCUGCAAAAGAAAAAAAACAUAAUAGCACUGUUAUUUACAGUAAUCUUUCAUACUUUUUAAGUAGCAGAAAGCAUACAUAUGGGUUGAAUGAAUUUCUGUCCAGUGUAGUUGUGAAAUACUUGUGGUAUUUCCCUGCAACAUAUAUUUUCUCUCUUGAGGGCCAUGGGUGCACAAUUUCCACAAGUACACCUGUAAAAAAGAGAUUUAUAGACCUUGAUGUAAGUUUAUGUGUUACUAAUAGGCUAAGAGAGUACGUCCUAAUCACACUACAGUAGCGGAGUAGUAAACAUGACACUAUAUUGACAUGGAAAAGUGGCUUCAGUAAAUCAAAUCAGUAGGCUACUCUCAAUUCAUUACAAACAACACAUUACGAGCUGCCCAGUUCGCUGUUUAGAGUUCUUGAUACAAAGUGAAGAAGCUAUCAUUGUAAAAUCAAAUGGUGACAUAAAAUAAUUACAAUGUUGUUACAAUGCUAAAAACAAAGUUGUGACUGCUGACGUUAUGAGUUAACGUGCGAAGUUAAUGCUAUAUGCUAGUUAACGUUUAGGCUGAAGUUCUAGAAUGGACGUUACAGUUACGUUUUGCAGGUUCUUACUGAGAAAAAAAAAAAGACUAAACUUACCACUCAGAAGCGUCAGUUUCCAGUCUCAGAACAAUUGGUUGUUAGAUCUGAGAUCUGAGAUCUGUUUGCUGUGUGAGCUACUGAAAUGAGCCUCGCUGUGAAACAGCCAAUCAGAGCAGAGCUCAACAUUAUUAUUCAUGACCCUUCCAAAUAAUGUAAUAACAGCCCAUUUCAUUCUAGGGACAAAUCCUGCUGGACAGGAAUGGACAUGUAAAACCAUAUCUGGAGAAUUUUUGCCCUUACCUAAGCCACAUACCUUCUAUGUAGAUAUCAGAGAACAAUUUGAAAUAUUGUAUCAAUGCAUUCUAUGACACCUUUAAAUUUAGAAACAUGAGAAUUAGUGGGCAGCGCACAAUGUAAUAACCUCCACUUUGGGUCUCCAGCUCGUUUAGGUAGAGGAUCCUUAUAAAAAAAAGCCCCCAAGAAGAUGAAAGAGCAGCAGGAACUGUUAAAAAUUCUCUCCAUUUUGUAUCACCUCUGUCCUUAAUAUUCUAAAAAUUAUCCACUUUAACACAACUGACAACUGAUAUAGAUCUCUUUUUCUGAUCAACUAAAAAUCAAGCUCUUGUAAUCUAUAUAAAUGUCAGCAGCUUUCCUUCAUAAUCAUCUUCUUAACCAACCUUGGGAGACACAAACAAAACUCCAGACAGAAAACAGUUAACAAACAGGAGGAGUUGUAGAGUGAAAAGAUGCUUUCAACCCACCAAUGAGCCUCUCUAUCGUCCUGACUGAUCUAAUAGCAGCCUGAGUACCAAUAACUAUCAUUGACCUCCAUCUUUUAGAUGAGGUAUCAAUCAAGUCUGAAACUUUUGUCAGUUCUUUUUUUUUUUUUUCAAAAAAUGUUUAACAAUUGUAUUAGAUGUACAGAUAUUAUCACCUAAAAAGGAGUUGUAAAUCAGUGGUUCUUCAAGGCCAAAAUGAUUAUUUUCAUGUCUAAUCAAUUUAAAACCUGUCCAGGAGUUUAACUUGAAUGUUUUACCAUCUUGCAUUUUCUGCUCUUUACCAGAAUCUGCAUUUCAUGUUUUUACUGAGUGUUCUAGAUUGGUUCCAUUAUUUACAUUGCUAGAACAACCACUUGGGAAUCUGGGAGUUGUUUUUAACUAUCUAUGGUUGCAGGUACUCAAGAGCACACAGACAGCAGCUAAUUUCAUAAUUGGACAAGCCAAAUUAGCCGUUUGGAAGUCUUGUAGACUGGCUGCUGAAGGUCAAAAUAUAAAUGUUUCUCUGCUAUUUUCUGCUUUGGUGGAAUCCAGAAUAAGAGUGGAGCAUAGAUUUUUUUUUUAAAUGACAAAUAACUUUAUUGAGUUCGAGUUUAAAUGAUGUGCAAAUGGAGCUUUACUGUCACUUUGUGAGGAUGGAGAAAUAAUGUUUAAUUGGUGAUGUGAGGUGGUUAUUUUGAGUGUUUAUUAUUAUUAUUAUUAUUAUUAUUAUUAUUUAUUUAUUUUUUUAACAUUUUGCAACGUGAUAUGUGUGAGGUAUAAUGGAGUGUUUUUAGAAUGUUUUAAUAAAGUGUGUUAAAAGUAAAAAAAAGAAUCGCUUUCUCUCUCUCUCUAAUACUGUACAAAAUACAGUUAGUUUCAAUGGAGGGACUCAACAUUCCUUCGUUACUAGUUCUAAAGUGACGUUUUAGAAUUAGAAACGGAGCCUUGAUCAAACGGUCAACUUGAGAUUUGAAUCCGUGGUGGAACGAAGUAGUUCUGCACAAAAGAGGGUUUUAAAGAGUCACUCUGUUGUUAUUUCUCAUUUAUUUACACA